AUGGACAGCAAUGCUUUCAAACUUCUUGAGUCUGUGACCUUGAAAACUCUUCAUGCUCACAGUUUCUCCCGUUCCUCGACUCAAGCAUCACUGGUCUUGACCGAUCUGCUGUCCCGCUACAUCGCCCUUCUCUCGACGACAUGCGCACAAUACGCGCAACACGCGGGGCGUACCAACUUGACGGCUCGGGAUGCCAUUCGUGCACUUGAUGAGCUGGGCAUCGACGUAGAAGAACUUAAUGAAUACUGUAGCCAUGAAGGAGAAGAGCUGGCGCGGUAUGCCGGCCACUCUACCAAACGUCUAGAGGAUUUGAAUGACUUCAAGGGUCAGUCGAGUCAGGAAGAAGAGGAAGAUGGUGAAUCUCCAGUGCCAUAUGACACUAAUGUGGACAUGGAUGAUGUCGUCGAAAGUGCCAUGGAUAUGGUGAACGGAGAGGCAGAAACGUCGAAGUUGGAAAGGCUACCACCCCUACAAAGGAUAGCGACACCUGUCUCGCCACGGACAACACCUCAUACACCUCCUCUACCAUUAUCCCCAGUAUCCAAUCCAUCGUCUCCUGCACGAAAACGACCCCGAACUAACAACUGGCAUCCCCCAUCUCAUAUACCUCACUUUCUGCCUCCUUUCCCAAAUGACCGCUCUUCUCCAGAACCUGAGCCACUCGCAUUACCACCUGCAGCUGAAGCUUCAUCGUCUGUUCUUCCCCCAACCAUCAAAUCUGAGCGCCCAGCAUCGCCUCCCCGACAUUCUUCCAGUGCGCAAGGAGACUAUGUGACCGCCGUUCCAUAUUCUCUCUCUGCUCUGUCUUCCACACCUGAAUGGCAUCUACCCCACGCACCGUCACUAAACACUCCUCAAUUUUCCAACCCUUCAUUCUCACGCUUACCAGUCCCUCAAGUCCAGCCUUCCCUCCUCGCAGCAUACCACCACAUCCUCACUCACCCUCCUCCUGCGAAUCCCAAUGCCGCCAACCCAUCUCGCCACAGAGUGGCCAUGCAAUUCCUACACCAAGUGCAGCGCAAUCCUCGUUGGGAGCCUGUAGCCACCCUCUAUGCUUCCAACGUCCCAAACGCCCCCACCGUCGCGGCGAUUGGCCCGACCUAUCCCGUACCCAUCGGCACAGAACCCCCUACCUUCGACGAGAAGAAAGAUGACGAGAAUUCCAAGAAGUCGAAUCUCCCCGCGAUGCUUGGCAGACCCGUCGGUGCUCCCGAUCGCCUUACAUCUCUUGUCAGCUAUCAGGACUCCCGCAUCUCAGAAUUGGCCAGAGCAGUGCUUUCGGCUCCUCUUCAAAAACGGACCAUGCGGCUUUCUCAUCCUGGCGUGCUCAAACGCGGCUCUGAACAGCUCAUCUAUGGCAAUGGCGUUAGCGCAGUAUGGAAUUCGAGUCCUAUGCCUGCCCCAGUAGCUCCUACGCCGACUGUAGGUAAAGGGAAGGAGGCACUUGCUAACGGCCUUGCCAACGGGAAAGGCGCAGGGAAAGAAAAGGCCUUACCGGAUGCACGCAUGUAUGCGACUUGGGAGUACGAUCAGAAGAGCUUUAAAGAGCCGCUCGCGAUUCCUCGUCGAGCAAGACAGGCAAGCAUUCAAAGCAACUUGUCCAGCGUGUCUGCGGUGGGACGAGCAAGAAGUGAGAGUAGGAUUGGUUGA